ACCUAUGCUCCCAAUGGCAAUUGCAUAAACGUUAAUUCAUGUGUUCAUGACCUCAAGGUUAGAUUAUUGUAAUGCUUAAUUGGGAGGUUGUUCUGUGCAAUUAAUAAACAAACUUCAACUGAGUUUUUACUAGAACCAGGAAGUAUCACCAUAUUAGCCCUGUUCUGUCAACUCUAUACUUGCUCCCUAUUGAACAACAAAUACAUUUUGAAAUCUUGCUAAUUAUUUAUAAAGCCCUGAAUGGUGUAGCUCCUCAGUACUUGAACGGUCUCAUAGCACAUUACCUAAUUUUUGUAUUUUGUAUUCUUUUAUUAUGUGUUUUAUGUUCUGUCGCUGUCAUUCUGUUGUACUGCGGAGCUUCUAUCACGAAAACAAAUUCCUGAAUGAGGAAUGAGGAAUGCGGAAUGAGGAAUGAGGUUCCUGCUUUACAGACUCACAGACAAACCUGUUUUAUACACGUCACUCAAACACAGAACCAGAAAACAGGAAUCACCUGAGUUCAGGGAAAGAGAAAUUGAAGUGUUGUUGAGCUGUUGUGAGUUUGUGUCUCUCUCUUUAUGCAGUAAAAUGGCAGAAGCCAGAUUUUCUCAGGAUGAGUUCAUGUGUAUAGUGUGUCUGGAUCUCCUGAAGGAUCCAGUGACCAUCCAGUGUGGACACAGUUACUGUAAGAGCUGUAUUACAGACUACUGGGAUCAGACAAGUGUCUACAGCUGCCCUCAGUGCAGACAGACCUUCAGUCCAAGACCUGCUUUGGGGAAAAACACCAUUCUGGCUGAACUGGUGGAGAAACUGAAGGCAACCACACUUUCUGCUGACUGUGACGCUGGAGCUGGAGAUGUUAAGUGUGACAUCUGUACCGGAAGAAAAUACAAAGCUGUCAAGUCCUGUCUGGUGUGUAUGAACUCUUACUGUCAGAAUCACCUUGAACAACAUGAGAGUUUGUUUAAAGGAAAGAGACACAAUUUGACUGAAGCCACUGGACGACUGCAGGAGAUGAUCUGCCAGAAACAUGAGAAGGUCCUUGAGGUUUUCUGUUGCACUGAUCAGAAAUGUAUAUGUGUGCUGUGUAUGGAUGACCAUAAAAACCACGAAACUGUAUCAGCUGCAGCACAGAGGACAGAGAAACAGAAGCAGCUGAAGGAGACGCAGAAGACGCUCCAGCAGAGA